AUGGCUCUUCGCUUCUGCUUCCUCUUUCUCCUCCUAUCAGCUUUAGCUUUUGUCCCGUCCCAGCCGAAGCUGACGGACGCGACCUCCGUAGUCCAAUGGACCCUUUCGCGGGGGUCGAAGGGAUGCGACGGUUUUGUCGCUGGACAAUGCGCGGACGAGGACGAGGAUGAGCAAAUAGGCGCAGAGGCGGCGGCGGCAGCAAUGGUAAGAAGGGUUCUUUAUGGGAACGGGCAACGGUACAUAAGCUACGGUGCGCUUAAACGAGACCAGAUACCGUGCUCGAGGCGCGGGCAAUCGUACUACAAUUGCAAACGCCACGGUAAGGCCAAUCCUUACAGGCGCGGGUGCAGUAUGAUCACCCAUUGCGCGCGGAUUCUGCACUAG